GCCAGCAACAGGCACUUUGCCUCCCCUUGUACAGUGCGGCCAACGGCCCGAACCAAGCCGCCGCUAUGCCGGACCCGGGAGCAAGGGCGGUGCACACCCUGAGCGGGCACACCGUCGUCGGAGCAAACUGGCGACCGCUGCACUUCACAGAGGACUUGCCGCUGCCGCGCGUCUGUGGCCUCUGCCGCACGGUUCCCGACAGGACGGUGCUUCUGCCCUGCUCGCACUUCCUGUGCGAUUCCUGCAACGGCGCCAGAGACCAAGAUGGCCGCUACGUGUGUCCCUUGGACCUGGAACCGUUCGAUGAGGACGAGCGUCUAUGGAAUGACUUCCCUGCCACGAGAGCGAGCAGCCUCGAGGCUCACUGCUGGAACGAAGCCCAUGGCUGCGAUUUUGUUGGCCCCCUGGAGGCCCUUCUGCGACACUUCGAGGCAGAGUGCACCUUCCGCUCGUUUCCGUGUGAACGAUGCGGCCAGGAAGUCCCGAACACCAAGCUUGCGGCCCACUACAUCGGCGGUUGCAGAUAGCCAUCGUCAUCAGCGGCACAGGCCAAGUCAUCGCGAGAAGGUGGCGUCCUCGUCACCGCCGGUGACGUCACUGCAUCGGGGCGGGAAAUCGGAAAGCCAGUGACAUACACUUGCGAGGACGAGGUGACGGUGCUUCAGAGUCAGGUGAACGAACUCGCGGAAGCGGCCAGAAUGCAAAACGCCACGCUCGCAGCUAGCCUCGAGGCACUGAAUGCCAACGUGGCACUCGCCGCCGACAAAUUCUCGGACGUGAUC